AUGAGCUCUUACUUCGUGAACCCGCUGUACUCCAAGUACAAGGCGGCGGCCGCGGCGGCGGCGGCGGCGGCCGCGGCGGGCGAGGCCAUCAAUCCCACUUACUACGACUGUCACUUCGCGCCUGAGGUCGGCAGCCGCCACGCCGCCGCCGCCGCCGCCGCCGCCCUGCAGCUCUAUGGCAACAGCGCCGCCGGCUUCCCGCACGCGCCCCCGCAGGCGCACGCGCACCCGCACCCGCAUCCGUCACCGCCGCCCGCCGGGCCGGGUUGCGGUGGUGGGGGCGGCCCGGGCCCCGGCCAGGACUACUUCCACCCCGGCGGGGGCAGCCCGGCCGCAGCCUACCAGGCUGCCCCCCCUCCUCCUCCGCAUCCUCCGCCUCCGCCUCCCCCCUGCGGCGGGAUUGCCUGUCACGGGGAGCCCGCGAAGUUUUACGGAUACGAUAACUUACAGAGACAGCCGAUUUUUACGACCCAGCAAGAGGCCGAGCUGGUACAAUAUCCUGACUGUAAAUCGUCCAGUGGUAAUAUUGGCGAGGACCCAGACCACUUAAAUCAGAGCUCGUCUCCUUCUCAAAUGUUUCCCUGGAUGAGACCACAAGCAGCUCCUGGUAGACGAAGAGGAAGACAAACCUACAGUCGUUUCCAAACCCUAGAGCUGGAAAAAGAAUUCCUUUUUAACCCUUAUCUGACCAGGAAGAGAAGAAUUGAGGUCUCCCACGCCCUAGCCCUCACGGAGAGACAGGUAAAAAUCUGGUUCCAGAACAGGAGAAUGAAAUGGAAAAAAGAGAACAACAAGGACAAAUUCCCAGUUUCCCGACAGGAGGCAAAGGAUGGAGAAACCAAAAAAGAAACCCAAGAGCUGGAGGAAGACAGAGCCGAAGGCCUGACAAAUUAACUUCUACCUUUAAAUUUUUACCACAGACUAUUAAAACUAAUGAUCAACACAUGCUGUUGGACACCAUCUAUUUUCUUUGUUGGAAAGAACUUUACCUGUAUUUCAAGCUACCUUCAUGUCACUGCUCUUGAGGUUUCUGCGCUUUGAGAGGGGCUUGGGUGUUAAAAAAAAAAAGUUUCUAGUAUCGAAUAGAAGCAGCCCUUGAGCUGUCCUAUGUAAGGGUAAUUUGAUACUGACCUUGUUGCUAUAUUUUUAUAAUGGUAGUUUUUAAUGUCUGAGCUGGUGAUUCGCCUCAACAACAUAAACUUCCUAAUGAUUAGCACUAAAUAAUUGAAUAUAAAAUGCUUUAUUAAUCAAACAAGUGCACUUGAACACUUAAAAUCAUUUCUUUAUGGUGAGUAAAUUAAAAGAGUCUAUUAAUUUUUUUAAGAAUUAUGCCUGCAGAAUAUUACUUUAUGUUAUUAAAACAUAUUUAUGUUUUAUUUCUGCUUUUAUAAUGAAUGGUUCGGGUGCCUUUUGUUUACUCCUUAAAGGUUUCUUUGGGUAUUUUGUAAAUGUAAUAUCUCUGGGAAAAGUCUGGGCCAAAUAUUGAAAAAAGCACAUGUUAGCUGAAGAGUGUAAUGUGUAGUUCGGCUCUGCAGCUUCCUUAAACUUGGGGAAAAACGUUGGGCCAAUGAGAAAGUUUCAGGAAAGUGUCAAAGUUGACAUUUGAUAAUUUUUCAUAGUGUAUACAAAUUAUGGCAAUUUAAAUCAUCUAGAGUGAAUGAUACUUGAAAAGCCAAUAUAACAUUUUCACUCAUUAAUUUUUCACUCUGGCUAGUCGCCUUGUGGAAUGGCCCCUCAUUUCUCAACUUGCUUUCGUUUUUGAACUGCGCUUGGCAUUGCUGAAAUCGCUAGGUCUCUGUGUUGUGGCCGCUGCUGUGAUUCCGUUUCUCUGAAUAGGUGCCAUAUUUAUUUGUAUUCCCUUCGCUCUGUUGCACGCCCAUUUUGAGCCAUCUUGUGUGCGUCUCAGAUGUCGGUUGGUACGUCCUCUGCUGUUCUCCAGGGAUGGCCCUCACCUAUUGAAACAAGCCCCGAGAGCAAAUGCAGAAAAAUUUGAGUGUAAACAACCGCUCCAGAACAUAGCUAGCUCCUUAAUAAAGAAAUGAAUCUUUUUCUA